AUGAAUAACUCUGAAAUUAUUAUUGAUUCUGAAUGUGAUACAGAAUAUGACCCAUUAUUCGAGAACUUUCUUUAUCUUGGAACAGCUUCCUAUUUGAUUCUCGGUCUGUUUCUUCAUAUUCGCAUUCUUUGGACUAUUUUGAUAAAAGAGAGAAGUUAUUUCAAGGAUAACUCGUUUUUCAUUUUAUUCGCCGCGGAUUCUAUAGCGAGCGUUUCCCUCAUCCUGAACGACCUUCUUUUCACUCGUGUCUUUAUGUACAUCCCUCAACUUUGUCCCAUCGUUAGUCCCUUCUUCUGGACACCCUCUAUCAUUCUGAAAGUCAUUUACUUUUUGAAUAAUCACGCAAGAUUCGCCAAAUCGGUGGCUCAAAUCUUUAUGGUACUCAAUAGAAUGUCGUGUGUUAUAAUCCCAGCUAGUUAUAACAAAAUAUGGUCUACUUUGACUCCAAUUGCAUGUGUUCUUGUUGUAAUCCUCCCUUUCGGAGGUCUCUGGAACAUUCUGAUCUCAAGAAUAUUCGUACUUUCAGUCCGUGGUGGCUUCGGAACGAGUUAUAUCAGAGCGGUGUCUUGGGUAACAUUUGCGACGUGUCUAAGUUGUCGAUCGGAUGCUCUUUAUAUCAUCCAGUUUAUGGCAUUUGACACAUUUACAGUAGGAUCCGCUGUAAUCAUGGUUCUGACAAACCAACAUAUCCGAAGUUCAAUAUUCUCUUCGUCGAGAAAACGAAAGAUUAUCAAUGUGACAGUGACGGCGAUGCCAUCUGGAAGAUUCUCUAAUACUAGUUGA